UGAAGGUAUAUCUUGGGACGAAACAGAAUCUCAAUACUCCAAAAAACCCUCUUAUCACUCUCCUGAGAACUUUGAAUAUGGCUCUAUAUACGGGCAGUAGACAACCUCACCUCAGAGUUGCAUCGGAAAUGCUCCAUCUCGAGUUUCACCGAAUUCUUGGCGAUCGUAGAACCUUCUGGCGGCUCAAGCCUCACAAAAACCUCCAACCUCCAAUCUCCAAUCUCUCCACAUUCUGUAGCCCUUCACUUCCAACACCUCAAAUUCUUGUCCUGCCCAGAAAAGCUCCAGCAUGGCUUCCAACAGUCCAGAGCGAAGUCGCGUGUUCUUCGACAUUCAAAUUGGCGAUCAAGAGGUCGGCAGAAUAUCUUUCGAGCUGUACAAUGACCUGGUCCCCAAAACAGCAGAGAAUUUCCGCGCGCUAUGCACCGGCGAGAAAGGCAUUGGGAAGUCUGGCAAGCCGCUACACUUCAAGGGCUCUGGAUUUCACCGAGUCAUAAAGCAAUUCAUGAUCCAGGGUGGUGACUUCACUAUGGGCAAUGGAACUGGAGGAGAAUCCAUAUACGGGGAAAAGUUCGAGGACGAGAACUUCGCACUGAAACACGAGAAGCCCUUCCUGCUAUCUAUGGCGAAUGCAGGCCCAGGCACCAACGGCUCCCAAUUCUUCAUUACUACGGUCCCAACACCCCACUUGGACAAGAAGCACGUCGUCUUUGGCGAAGUCAUCAACGGCAAGAGCAUCGUGCGGCAGAUUGAGAAUCUCAGUACCCACAAUGGCGACAAGCCCAUUUCAGACGCCACGAUCAUCGACUGUGGCGAGCUCAAAGGCGCCGACUACACCAAAUGCGUCGAAAAGACGCCCGACUCCACCGGCGACCCCUUCGAGGACUACCCGGAAGACCAAGCAACCCCAGAAAAGGAGCUCACAGGGGCGGACAUCCUCAAGAUCGCCUCCACCCUCAAGGACCUCGGCAACACAGCCUUCAAAGCCGGCAACCUUAAGCUCGGCCUCGCAAAGUACCAAAAGGGUCUCCGCUACCUGCACGAGUACCCGGAACCGCUCGACUCGGACCCCCCGGAGCUCGGCAAGCAGCUGUCGGCCCUGAAGUUCAGUCUGCACAACAACUCGGCUCUCAUGCAGUACAAGCUGCACGACUACGCUGACGCGGAUUCCAGCGCGACCAAGGCGCUCGAGGUGCCGGGCGCGACGGAGGCGGAGAAGGGGAAGGCGUACUUCCGACGUGCGUUGGCGCGGGCCAGCAAGAAGAAUGAUGAGGAGGCGAUUGUGGAUCUCGAGGCCGCGGCGAAGUGUGUGCCUGGGGAUGCGGCGGUGGCGAAGGAGUUGAAGGUUGUGAAGGAUCGACUGGCGGAGCGGAAGAAGAGGGAGAAGGCGGCGUAUAAGAACGCGUUCAACUUCGAUUGAAGUGAGCGCGUCAUGGGCUAGGAUCAAGGAGUUGAAUGCAGCAGUGCAGUUGACGAUCUGAGAAGCAGGAUGAAAAGCGGCUUAAUACCUAGGAAAAUGUAAUAGUCAUUAGCACAAAUGUGUUAGACAGAUGAUUGCAUUGUGAGUGAGGAACUCAAGAUCAUAUCUCUUCAAGA